UAUUUUCGUAUGUAAAACGCAUUAAAAAGUUAUAACUGUGUAAAUACUUAAGAACUUAAAUGUGCGUCUAUGUUUGUUUCUUAGUAAUCACUUAACAAUUGGCUGCUGCAGGCAAUAAUACCCAGCAAAAUGCUUGACCUGUGAAUAUCAGCCAAAUACCAUUAUUACCUGGCGGGGGUGUGUAUGUGUGUUUGUGGGGGAUGUUAAGUGAAUCACAAUCACAUAAUUAAUAAAACGCUGCAAAAAUGUACCAAAGCGCCUGCAAUGCGGCCACGACGGGCUCAUGCGUGCCCGGUGCGGGCAGCCAAACAGAUACCGAUCGUCAGGCAGCGCUGAUAGCGCAACAACCACCCACAGCGCCCGUGGAGCCUGACUACAGUGGCUUUGACAUCGUUAAGGCCACACAGUACGGUGCUAUAGCACGUGUUCGGGAUCUGGUCGAGUCCGGCUGGGAUGUCAAUCAGCCGGACAGUGAAACGGUUACUUUGCUACACUGGGCGGCUAUUAACAAUCGACGGGAUAUCAUUAGAUAUUUCCUAGAAAAAGGCGCCACUGUCGACGCCGUUGGCGGUGAGCUAAAUGCGACUCCAUUGCAUUGGGCCACACGGCAGGGUCACCUGGGCGCCGUUGUUCUCUUGAUGGCCGCAGGCGCAGAUCCGCGCAUACGCGAUGCGGAGGGCUGCUCCUGCAUACACAUUGCUGCACAGUUUGCCCACACCGCCUUGGUAGCCUACUUCAUAGCCAAGGGUGUGGAUCCUGAUCUACAGGAUCGCGGCGGUAUGACAGCCCUGAUGUGGGCCGCCUGGAAGGUGUGUGCUCUGGAUCCUGUGCGCCUGCUGCUCACUUUGGGCGCGAAUCCCGCCAUGGUUGAUUACACACACGGCAACACGGCGCUGCAUUGGGCCAUACUGGCGCGCAAUUCCACCGCCAUAUCCACGCUGGUGCUUAAGUCGAAAGCUUCCCUGGAUGUGCCUAAUUUGCGCGCCGAGACGCCGCUUUCGAUGCUGGAGACGCAAGCUGGCGCCAUUUGGAUUGGUGCCAAGGUACUGGAUCGUAUCAGGGAUGCAUCGCUCACGUCACAGCAGCGCAGAUCUCUCGUCUCGAAACUACGCCAUGAUAAACGCUUGCGCUGGUGGGCCAUGGUCGCCUGCCCGUUUACCGCCUUCUAUUUGGCCGGCAUUGUCUUUACCGUUAACACGCUGUACAUUAUUAAAUUUUUCCUGUUGGGCUGCCUGUAUGCCAUAUUCCAUACCAUUGGUAAAACGUUGUUUGAUGAGCAUCUGAUGGCGCUGCUGCCGCUCUCUGUGUAUCUGGCGACCAAGGCCUGGUUCUACGUCACCUGGCUUAUGUAUAUCGAUGAUGCUGUGUCGCUUGCGACCACUGUGUGCUUCCUAAUCAGCUCUCUGGGACUUUGGGUAUGUUUUCUCAAGUCCUGGAAGGGUGAUCCGGGCAUUAUACGACCCACCAGAGAGCAGCGAUUCAAGACGAUUAUUGAGCUGUCGGAACGGGGUGGUAUUGGCUUUGAGCCCGCCUCCUUCUGCUCGGGUUGCCUAGUGCGUCGGCCUAUACGCUCCAAGCACUGCUCCGUGUGCGAUCGUUGUGUGGCACGUUUCGAUCAUCACUGCCCCUGGGUAGGCAAUUGCAUCGGUCUCAAGAAUCAUAGUUACUUCAUGGGCUUUCUCUGGAUGCUGUUGAUCAUGUGCGUCUGGAUGCUGUACGGUGGCUCCAAGUACUAUGUGAACGAGUGUAAUGUGCACUUUGACGAUUUUCUUACCGCCAUGCGAGCUAUUGGCAAUUGUAAUGCUUGGGUGGGCUGGGUCAUGGGUAAUGCACUAUUGCACAUGUCCUGGGUCAUACUGCUGACAGUGUGCCAAACGUAUCAAGUGAUUUGCUUGGGGAUGACUACCAACGAGCGCAUGAAUCGUGGUCGAUAUCGCCAUUUCCAGGCCAAGGGUGGACAUAGCCCAUUUACGCGUGGACCGCUACUUAAUUUAGUUGACUUUCUGGAUUGCAAUUGCUUUGGCUUAGUGCAGCCGCGUCGCGUAGAUUGGAUGAACUACUAUGACUACGAUGCGCAGGUGCAUCAGACAAUUGAGAAGGAACCGCUGCUGCGCACCGACUGUGCCGAUGCCGAUGGACUGGCCGGGGAUCAUCAGUACGUGUAGGAUAAAUCCUAUCGGGAUGCGAAGACGCUUCAAAUGCCCAUUGCGCAUGUCUAACGUUUCAUGUGCUAAAAAGACAAUGCUUUAGAUAUGCCCACCCGAUUAGCUCCGUAUUAUUUCUAGUGAUUUGUAAUUGGAACGCGCUGCUGCAAACACAAUGAUUUAACAACUAAAAAAAACAACAACAAAAGACAGAAGCGUCGUCGCUGACCGAUAUCGGAUCCAGCAAGUUAGGCAUUAAUGCCACCCACACACACACACACACACACACAAACACACACACACAUGAGUACAUAUAGUGUGAAUGUAUUUUAUCUGUAAUUACAAAGCUCUGUACAUUUUUCUACUAAUUUUUAAUUUAACUGAAACACGAAAAACACACAUUAUUUUGUUACUCUGAAGUAUUUGUUAUACCAAAAAAGUAAAAACACCCGCACCGAACAAAAUGUGCAACAACAAUCGCAACAAAAUCAAAAAAAAAGGGAUAGUUAAAAAGCGUGCAAUUUUUAAAUUUUCAAUACACACACUUCAAACUCAAUGAUUAAGAACUUUCUAAAAAAGCGCACAAUAAAAGCAAAGUACGAAACUUUCACAUUUGUAUUCUAAAUUAUGUGUAUUCUAAAAGCAAGAUUAUAGUAACUAUACAAAAAAAUAAAAUAAUAGCAGAUGCCUUUGUGUUAGCUUGAAUCCGCAUAACAAUGAGAUUAGGUAUCCAAGCUAUCGUUAAAAGAAAAACCAAAAAGAACAAACACCAAACAAAUACUUUAAAUGUCUAAGCGAAAAUAUAUGGCAGCCAAGCGACUUGCAUACUUAAAGAAAACCAAUUCUAAAUGCGAUCCGAUUCAAUACGCACUAGUCUAGUCAGCAAUCAUUUAAGUCAAAUGUUAUAGUGUAACAAGAAAAGUCGACAUUUAAACAAUAUUGCAUAUUAAAAUAUACAUGCUAUAUAUACAUAUUUAUAUAUAAACAAAUAUAUACAUAUUAUAUACAUAUAGUUAUGAAAUUAUGUACACCUACGAUCGAGUAUCAGUGAAGGAAUUUCUUACAGUGCAACAACCUGACAAACAUGUAGCUAAAAAAUGAAUAAAAUAAUGUAACACGUUA